AUGUCUGUGAAAAAGCGAGUUUGUAAGUGCCCACCAAAACUGCAGAAAGUUUGUAAACAGACUCCUAAUGUUACUGAUUGCAAAGAUGUUGCAGAAAUUAUCGAGGCUCUUACAUUUCAAGCUGAAAGUUCUAAAACGCAGAAGAAGCCCAAGCCGCCUUCAUUUAAAACGAAGCCUUUUAAACCAAGACAUUAUAAGGAUACAUGUGUUCCAAUGGCUCCUUCUAUGCAUACGAGAUUAAGAUACAUCGGCCAUUGCUCAAAUGAUCCCCCGAGCAGGAGGUCUGGAGCACCUAAAAGAAAGGGCUACCCGGGCUUUGAUUUUGCAUCGUCUUCAGACGAAGGCAGCGGCAUUAUAAAAGGGAAGAAAAGGAAAGACAGCGGCAAAAAGAGAGUAACUUAUUUGGAUAUGGUACCGGCUCAUAUUUCAAUGCCUGUGCCACCACCUGUUGUAAAGCAUACUACGUCUGAUAAGGAAAUUUUCAAUGUCGCAAGUCCAAAAGUGAGUGGUGAGGUGAUAAGAGCCCAAAAGGCUGUCGUCAAAUCGACAGACUAUAAGCCCCCCUUUACCACCUAA